AUGCUAAACAACGAAAAUCUUUUAGACGUCAGCCUAAACGACUUGCUCAACAGAAUGAUCGCAAAGAAUGAAAACGUGACCCCACCAAAUUACUUCAGUGCAAAAGAAUGUCUGGAGCAUUUUUCUCUCACAGAUGCUAAUAAAAGAUACGAUCGAGAAUUUUCCUUCGAUCAGCCAAAGGACGAUAAGGCAUGGAGGUCGAAGAAUGCGAGAAACAAAGCUAUUCUGUGGAGAUUGUUAGAAACACCAACUGCCAGAAUCAACUUUCACAUUGAACCAAAUGGAAACCGACAAUCGAUGCCUAAUCAAAGAGCUCCAAUCGAGAGAUUCAAGCCCGAGAACUACAUAAAUGCUUUCUAUAAAAGCAAAGACGAAUCACGACAAGACUUCCGAAUUCCACAGGGAUACUCGCAAAAUAAAACACUUCCAAAUCAAGCUCAUCAAAUGCACAAAUGCUUAUCACAUCCAAUCGAACUCCAAGUGAUCACCCACAAAGACUACUACGAUACUCUCUUCGCUUUUCUCUACCUGCCGUGCGUCGACAUUGGUGUGAACUUUGUUGGAGAGUAUAACAAAGCCAGUCCGGGCUGGAAACGGGUGGCUUGCAAAAGAUAUUCGUGUGAAAAGCUGGACAAAUCUCUUGAUGGGUACAUUCGGCUGUGGCGUGAGCUGCAAGUCUGCCAGAUGACAAAUCAUAAAAACAUUGCAAAGUUUUACGAGUUUUUCCCGGAAUGGUCUGAGCAAAGCAUUUCGCAUAUCUGGCUAGUAUCAGAGAGAUCGGAUAUGACAUUGAAGCAGUAUUACGAAGCCGUUAACGGCAAAGGGAUCGAUGUGGAAAAGUUGAGGAUAAUACUUGCUCAAAUACUCGAGGCGCUCAGCUACCUACACAAGAAAGGGAUAAUGCAUCGGGCUAUUCGACCAGAAAACAUUGGUGUUCAAGAAAACAACGGUCGACUCGUACUCAAACUCUUUAACUUUGGUCUGUCCAGAGAGCCG